CUCUUAUCAUGGAAUUUAUAAAAAAAAAUUAUUUUUAAGUUGACCUAGGUUUGUUAUAAGAAAAUUUCAAUGAACAACAACAAAAUAAAUUCCUGACAUACCCUAUACCUACGUAAAGGUAAACAUAGAUAGUAGCUGUAUGAGUAACAACAAGGACGAGGUAGUUACAACCAUUAUGUAUGACCCGGGCAUUCGGCAAGAACAAAACCCAGUAACGGGUCAGCUAUAUGCCACUAUUGUCAAAAAAGAUGAUAAAGCAUCGUCUGUUGAUUUUCCAUUUUAUAAUGUAAAUAUGGUGCAGAAAGUUCCUGUAUCUGGAAAUAUAGCUGUUCUUGCUGCAGCUUCAGCAAAUGGAGUGACUCAAACUGAUAAGACCUCUUACCGUUUUGAUGUAACAGCACCCUUCAAUUAUAACUAUGCUUUAGUAAAUCAAAUGUCACUCACAACGGCUGGUGCAGCUUUUAAAUGUGAUGUUUGUGGUGCUGGAUUUACCCAUGCAUCAAUGCUUGAUCAUCAUAAAAAAUCUGCCCAUCCACAAGAACCACCAUCAUUUACUUGUUCAACAUGUGGUUCUUGUUUUCCUCAAGUAAGAGAUAUGAAAGUCCAUCGAUCAACUGUGCACAAACAGUGUUUUUCAUGUGGUGCUGAUGUUGCUCCACAAACAGUUAAAGGUAAAAAGUCUAGAUUUAUAAAAUGUGUAAGUUGUAGUGGUGGAAAUUGUUCUAACUACACACCUCAAGAAAAUGAAAUCGAAUCUAGUGACAAUUUAUCACCUGAGCAGACUGCAAUAAUGAAAGGUUAUUAUCCAGUGAAAAAAAGAGGAAUGGCAACAGUCACUAAAUGUUAUAAAUGUAAUGGUUCUGGUAUUAUUUUUUUAGUUAAUGGUAAUCAUGCAAAUGUUAAUAUGAAAAAUGAUUCAAUUAACAAUUCAAAUACUCCCAACAAACCUUUUCAUUGUAACAUAUGUGGAGGAAGUUUUUCACGUUACUCAUCAUUAUGGAGUCAUAAACGUCUGCAUACUGGUGAUAAACCUUACAAGUGUGAAAUUUGUGGUUUAUCAUUUGCAAAAGCAGCUUAUCUAAAAAAUCACGGUCGAGUGCAUACAGGUGAAAAACCUUUUAAAUGUGGUGUUUGUGGAAUGCAGUUUUCUCAAUCUCCUCAUCUUAAAAAUCAUGAAAGAAUUCACAGUGGUGAACGACCUUAUCAAUGUGAAGUAUGUGAUAAAACUUUUGCUCGCCAUUCUACAUUAUGGAAUCAUCGUCGUAUUCAUACAGGAGAAAAGCCUUAUCGUUGUGAUAUAUGUGGAUCGGCAUUUAAUCAAGCCACACAUCUAAAAAAUCAUGCUAAAGUACAUACAGGUGAAAAACCACAUCGUUGUGAUAUUUGUGGAGUUGGUUUUAGUGAUCGAUUUGCAUUAAAACGACACAGAAAUAUACAUGAGAAGUAUGCUAGACAACAAAGCGAUGCAGCUGCAGCACAUACUGUAACGCCACCAUCACAAGAAUUAGAACCAAUAAGUGGUCAAACCCAAAUUGAAGAAUGUAUAUACAGCGCUGACUAUACUGUUGAAAAGUAUGAUGCAGCAAAUAAUAUUCCUACUGAUAUUGUAGAAGUAAAAGUUGAUCAACAGAAUCAGCGUGAACAUGAUACACAGCAGCAACAAAUUGAGGAUUGCAUUUAUAAAUAAUGAUUUAAGACAAAUUAAACGAGUGAAGAAUCUAAUAAAAAUAUGUGUAUCAGAAGUAUAAUAAAAUUUAAUGGGUUUAAGUAUUUACAUCAUACAAAAAUCAAGCAUCCGUUUACAACAAAAAUUUAGAACUCACAUAAUAUGAUUUAAAAUAUGGUGCUAUACAUAGUUUUAUUAGUUUAAAAUUUAAAAUAUUAAAUUAUAAGAUUUAAAAACAAUAAAUGAAACAAGCUAAUAUAAAAAAUUAUAAACUUUGUUAAAGAUAAAAACUGCAUAUUUAUGCAUCAAUCAUGUGUUUUCUUUUAAAUAAUUACGUAUUAGGAUUUUAUUUAUGUUUGAUUUUCCAAAAAUGAUCUUUUUAUGAUUGUCAUAGAAAUGUUAUAUUUUAGGAAUCCUUAUGUCUGUAAAUACUACAAGUUAAGAGUAUUAUUAAUACCUUUAUAAGUUUAAAGAACUAAUAAUUAAACUGUAUAAAACAAUUAUACAUUUUUCUAUAUUGCUUAUUUACUUCUUUAAAUUGGAUUUGUAUUCAAGUAUUCAUAGUACAUAUUAUGUGAAUUCAUGUGUUGCUCUUCAAUAAUUGGUUCCAGUCAAAUUUAAAUUUAGAUUGUUAUUAAAAUGAGAAAUUUAAUUUAAAAAUGUUUAUUUGAAUAUCUUCAUUUAUGAAUAAUUAUUUAGAUAUAAACAGUAAUGAAAAUUAAUGUUAAUUAUUUUGUUUUUUGCCCAUUUUAUACACCACAAAUCC